CUGUAGAUUGAAAGCGAUCCGUUUGAGAAAAAAAUGACCUUUGAACAACAUAUAAACUGCCCAACUUUACAUAACAAGACAGCAGACGACCUAAUGGUGACCUGAGAAGGUAGAAACAGCUCCACCCUACCUGAAGAGGAGGAGGAGGAGGAGGGGGAGGAAGGCGGAAGAGAUACCUAACAGCGCCCUACAAGGAGCCAUUUAUUUGGAUCACUAUUUACGCUGAAGGAUCUGAAUACUUCCGGCCCUCUGCCAGGACAUCCAGGGACGGCAUGGAUUAUGGUUCUUGGAAAAGGUAAUUAUUAAGUAUAUAUCAUUCAUCUUAUUCAUCGUUUAAAAAAAAAAAAAGAGCCAAAUGAAUCUGUUAAACGACGCGUGACCUGGUCAGGACAUUUUUGAAUUCUGCUGUCCAGAGAAAGCGAAGGCCGGUUAGAUUAGAUUAUAAAUACGCCAUCUAAGAAAAUAUUUGCCAACUGGAGAGCUUCAUUUGAAACUGGAACUGCAGAAGGUAUCACGCCUGCUCUGCCUUUGGGGCUCCGCUCAGUUUCUGCUGCAGUUCAAGUUGAAGGAGUCAAGUGUGGCUGCGGAGAACUGCAAGUCCCAGAGAUCUCGGCAUCAGUGAACCUGGAACCAGGGUUUGAAUAACAUGGCAGCGCCGUCCAGCAACACAUGCGGGCUCAUGGAGCGGUCGAUCCGGGAGCGGGUCCCGCCGCUGCUGACGGACCUGUACCAGUUCACCAUGGCCUACGCGUACUGGCGGGCCGGACGGCACCAGGAGCCCGCCGUGUUCGAGCUCUUCUUCAGGGACAAUCCGUUCGGCGGCGGCUUCUCGCUGUUCGCCGGGCUGCACGACUGUCUGCUGUUCCUGCGCAGCUUUCGCUUCACAGACGAAGAUGUGGAGUUCCUGCGCUCCGUCCUGCCCCCGACCACCGACCCGGCCUUCUUCCAGUUCCUGCGAGGCCUUGACUGCUCAGGUGUCACACUCCGCUCCGUCCCAGAAGGCACUGUUGUCUUUGCCAGGGUGCCUCUGAUGGAGGUGGCAGGUCCGCUGGCUGUGGUCCAACUGCUGGAGACCAGUUUAUUGUGUCUGGUUAACUACGCCAGUCUGGUGUGUAGUAACGCUGCCCGCUUCCGCCUGGCGGCCGGCCCCAGGAGGAAGCUGCUGGAGAUGGGCCUCAGGAGGGCUCAGGGACCAGAUGGAGGGCUCACCGCCUCACGAUACACACAUAUCGGAGGGUUUGAUCUCACCAGUAAUGUUCAGGCUGGUUUCCUGUUCGGGAUCCCCAUCGCAGGAACCAUGGCACACUCAUACGUCACUUCCUUUACCUCCCUAGAGGAGGUGUGGCCACAGACUCUUGUGGCAGUGAAGGGGGAGCCUGACCCAGUCGACUUCAUCUCGUUGACGAAGGGCUGGCUGAGUCGUGUCUGUGAGCUUCUGGGUGCUGAGCCGGGGAAGAUCCGCGAGGGCGAGUUGGCAGCCUUCCUGUCCUACGCCAUCGCCUACCCUCACAACUUCCUUCCUGUGAUUGACAGCUACAGUGUCAGCUGCAGUGGUGUGUUGAACUUCUGCGCCGUGGCGUUGGCGCUGUGUGAACUGGGCUACAGGCCGGUGGGAGUUCGUCUGGACAGCGGGGACCUCUGCAGGCAGUCGGUCGACGUCCGUCGUCUCUUCAGACUCUGCAGCGAGCAUUUCUCCAUCUCCACCUUCGAUUCACUGAUCAUCGUUGGGACUAAUAACAUCUCAGAGCAGAGCAUGGUAGAGCUCAACAAGAAGGAGAAUGAGAUCGACGUGGUCGGUGUUGGAACACAUCUGGUCACCUGCACAAAACAACCCUCACUAGGUUGUGUGUAUAAGCUGGUGGAGGUGAGGGGGAGGCCCAGGAUGAAGAUCAGUGAGGAUCCAGAGAAGAGCACCGUCCCCGGGAGGAAAGCUGUCUACAGACUAGUAGACAGUGAGGGCCAUCCUUUUCUGGACCUGGUGAGUCUGGCAGUGGAGUCUCCUCCAGAGGCAGGACUCCCACUGAGCUGCUAUCCUCUGGGGUGUGAUAACACCUCUGUCUCAGUCACUCCAGCUCAGGUCACCUGUCUGCGCCAGGAAGCGUUUACCAAAGGACAGGUCACACACCCUCUGUGCAGCGCUGCAGAAACUAGAGCAAAGGUCCAGGGCUCCCUGCAGACUCUGAACCCUCGACACAAGAGACUGCAGGAACCAGACUCUUACACAGUGGCGUUGUCAGAGAAACUCCACAACCUGGUCACAGAAAUCCGAAAAGGCAGCUCCAACAACAGCAACUUUCUCUUAGCCAACUAAAGAAAGAGAGACGCACAUUUAUGUGUUCUCAUCGCCUGGCUUCAUGUCUGUUUAUUGACACUAUUCUCCACAGUGCCUUACAGUAAAAGGAGUGCAUACAUUUGUUAUGCGUUGCCUUAUGAAACCUUCACAGUGUUAACACUAUACUUCAAAUACAGGAAAUGACAGUUGUGUUGUUUCCUUUGUAUCUAAUGCCUAUUAAAAGAGGUUCAGAUGAGGACAGACUGGGACAGACUGAAGCAAAUGAUAACAAAUCCUCCUUAUAACUAAAUGGAUUUUUCUUCUGGAGACUGUUGUUUUCAAGGAGCAACUGCUGCAGAAGCAUCAGACAAGCAAGACUAAUUGAAAUGACGGAUAAUUGAACUGUUGAGUUACUCACACUUGAUUUUAACCUUAAAAUAAGUUAUAAAAUGGCGCUGAACUUUGAUUUCUUUCUCUCUUUUUUUCUCUCCUUUUUGUUCAUGAGGGUACCUUCUGUCCAAAUGUUAAAAAAAACUAAAUAAAGAACAGAAGUCUCA